AAUUUCCCCGGGGAUCUGGGGACAAGGAAAAAAAAGCAGGCGAGCUGCAGCGGCGGCGGCUGGUUUGGCGGCUUCCAGGCCGAGCGGAGGCGGCGCAGUACUUUUCCUUGAGAGAAACGUGGCCGAAGGCUGGAUUGUGAAGGUGGUUUUCCUCAGAUAGAAAGAAACACUUCGCGCUAAUCUUUUUAUAAAAACGUCCUUUGGUAGCAGCCUGAAGGAACGUCUCUCCUGCCUUCCCGUUUAUCGAACAUGUACUAUGGAACAUGCUGGAGAAUAUGAAACGCGGCCCGCGACAUCACACAUGUACCAUGUGGAGAGACCAGUAUAUUGCCAGAGGUUGCUUCAUGAGCAGCUGAAUACGAAGGACAAAACAACUCAGCCUCUUCGUCAGAAGAUAGCACAUGCUCUCCGCUGUUCUUCCAAGAAAGCCAAAUCGGUUCUUUAUAGCUUUUUCCCGAUUUUAACCUGGCUUCCUCAAUACCCCGUGAGAGAAUAUUUGAUGGGAGACAUCAUCUCGGGGAUCAGUACGGGAGUCAUGCAGCUGCCUCAAGGAUUAGCGUAUGCGUCGCUGGCUGCCGUUCCUCCGGUGUUUGGCCUGUAUUCUUCAUUUUAUCCGGUCUUUCUCUAUACAUUUUUUGGAACUUCCAGACAUAUAUCAAUAGGAACCUUUGCUGUGAUCAGCCUGAUGAUUGGCGGAGUGGCAGUGAGAGAAGUUCCCGAUGAAUUGUUUGAGGUGACGGGCACCAACUCAACCAACGGGACCGACGCCAGAGAUGCCAUGCGGGUGAAAGUAGCCGUGGCGGUCACCUUGUUGUCAGGUAUCAUACAGUUGUGUUUAGGACUGCUUCGUUUUGGAUUUGUAGCCAUUUACCUCACGGAGCCCCUGGUACGCGGAUUCACCACUGCAGCAGCCGUGCACGUCUUCACUUCUCAGCUGAAGUAUCUGCUUGGGAUCAAUAUCAAACGAUUCAGUGGCCCCCUGUCUGUUCUUUAUAGUUUGAUUGCGGUUUUUUCCAACAUCACCAAAACCAACACGGCCACUUUAGUGGUUGGGCUCAUCUGCAUCGUCCUGCUACUGAGCGGCAAAGAAAUCAACGACCGUUUCAAGAAGAAGUUGGUGGUUCCAAUUCCCCUGGAGAUCAUUGUGGUGGUCAUCGGCACUGGAGUUUCAGCUGGAAUGAAUCUGUCCAAGACUUACGACGUCGAUAUUGUCGGGAACAUUCCUAGCGGGUUAAUCCCUCCUCAGAUUCCUGAUGUUAGCCUCAUCCCGGCUGUGUUUGUCGAUGCCAUCGCUAUCGCUCUUGUUGGGUUUUCCAUGACCAUCUCCAUGGCCAAAAUCUUCGCUCUGAAGCAUGGCUACACGGUGAAUGGAAAUCAGGAACUCAUCGCGUUAGGCAUCUGCAAUUCCACCGGAUCCUUUUUCCAGACGUUUGCUAUCACCUGCUCGAUGUCUCGGAGCCUUGUUCAGGAAGGCACUGGAGGGAAGACCCAGAUUGCAGGAACCCUCUCCUCAAUCAUGGUUUUCUUAGUGAUUAUUGCCAUUGGUUAUCUCUUUGCACCUUUGCCACAGACUGUGCUGGCAGCCAUUGUCAUGGUCAAUCUGAAAGGCAUGUUCAAACAAUUUGGGGAUAUCGUCCAUUUUUGGAGAACCAGCAAAAUUGAACUGGCAAUUUGGAUUGUAGCGUUUCUCGCCUCGGUUUGUCUGGGCCUGGACUACGGCUUACUCACGUCGAUCACUUUUGCAGUGGUUACCAUUGUCUACAGGACCCAAAGUCCCCAAUAUAGAAUCCUUGGCCAGAUUCAUAACUCAGAUAUUUAUUGUGACGUGGAACUGUAUGAAGAGGUAAAAGAAUGCCCGGGGAUUAAAAUAUUCCAGGCAAAUGCACCACUCUAUUUUGCCAACAGUGAAUUAUUUACCGGCGCAUUGAAAAGAAAGACUGGUGUGGAUCCCCGUAAAAUAUUGGCAGCAAAGAAAAAAGCACAAAAAAGGCACGCAAAGGAACUAAAGCGGCUGGAUGAACAACAGAAGAAAGCUGUUUUGAAGCUGACGAAUGAUGUGGACCACAGCAUGAAACAUGAGGUGAUGCAAGAUGAAGUCUCGCUUAAUGGCAAAUUCUCAGCGGCCGAAGCAACUCCUCAAGAUGUCUCUCCAGGGGAACUGGACCAUUUUAUGACGUCAGGGAGCAACAUCCACUCCAUCAUUCUAGAUUUUUCACCUGUGAACUUCGUGGAUUCAGUUGGAGCCAAAGCCCUUCAGUCAAUCAUAAAAGAAUAUGAAGAAAUUGGCGUUUCAGUUUAUAUAACUGCCUGCAAUGGCUCUGUUAUGGACAACCUCACUAGACUGCAUUUUUUCGAGAAAGCGUCCUUACGAGAUUUGUUCUUUCCGACCGUUCACGAUGCUGUCCUCACCAGCCAGCUGAGAGGCUUCUCUUCCACCUAUCUUUAACUCAUCUCCUUCCCGUAGACAUUUAUUUAAUUUGCACAGAUGGCGGAGCCGAAGACUAGCCACUCUUACGGGUAAGGUGUGCAUCUGCACACCCACACCGCAACAGCCUGUGUUUCCCAGCCAGCCCCUCGGCUCCAAGACUCCAGAAGCCUUAAUCCUUUCCAACGUCGUACCUUUUCACCGAAAUUCACAAGUUUGUCGAUGGACGUGUGGGACAAACGCAAAUAUUUGUAGAGCACGGGAAGAUUUGGCCGUUUGGCCGUUUUCUUUCUGAGUUAACGGGCCAGACAGUGUGAGCGCGCCGUUAUUUUAACAGCACGCUCCUGUGCAAGAAUUGGGGUGGGUGCAAUUGUGUGUAUUCUAUGUGUGAAAGUGCUGCUCGAACUUGAAAAUGCAAGCUGCGUUUCCAGAUGUUCCAAUUCAGAAAUCAAGUGGCUUUCGUCUGAGGAACUACUAAGUAGAAACACUUUUUGGGAACCACAAGGAUUUUAGCUCCGUUUUAUAAAUGAUUAUGACUGAAGAGUAAUGGAUCGUUUUCACAUAAAGGAGGCUCCUGUGCCAGCCUUAAGCAAGGUGUGUAUUUAAAAUUAGCUGGGAAUGAACAAGACUAUAUAUAGUGCAACUAGUUAGUUAGUUAGGUAAGGGAGGAAAAAAAAAACCUAGCACCCAAAAUCUACUUUUUACACCUAAAGCUAGCUAGGCCUAGUUAACUACAGCUAGCUACGAGUCGUCUGGAAAGGAAAAAUGGAAGAAAUGGUGUUUUCCAAAC